AUGAGACAGAACAACAACAAAAACAUGCUGGGAAGACUUUCUGCAGCUGGAGGACAGAAGAUGGAGGAGCUGAUAGCAGUUGUUGGAGGAAACAUCACACUGACAGACUCCAUCCUGCAGAGAGGGUUUCUGUUAUUUAAAGGAAGUAACAUAGCUUCAUUAAGAAAAGGAGAAUUUGAUAUUGAAGACAAAACCUAUGAGAACAGAGUUCACUGGAACAAACAAACUGGACUCUUUACCAUCACAGACCUGCAGAAGAACGACUCGGGACUUUAUAAACUGGAGUCUAAAACAGAGUCUGUUUUCAGCUCCUAUCAGCUCAGAGUGUUUGGGCUGGAGGCCACGCAGCUGAGAGAGGAGCUGAAGUCCCGUGUGUCCACAGGCAGAAGCAGAGAGGAGGCAGAGCUGCUGUGGGUCAGGACCUGCUGGCCUCUCUGCCACCACAGGCUGGUGUUCCUCCCCACCCAGCACAGCAGCCAGCAGCCCUCAGAGCUGCUGUUCAGCCGCCGCACCGCAGGGGCGGGAACCCGCUCUGGGGGGGAAUCAAUCACUGCGGGACAUAAGACGGAGGAGCUGAGAGUUGUUGGAGGAAACAUCACACUGCCAGACUCUGUCCUACAGAAUGGGUUUCUGUCAAUAAAUGGAAGAAUCAUAGCUUUAGUAAGAAAAGGAGAAUUUGGGAUAGAAGAUCACUCCUAUGUGGACAAAGUCCACUGGAACAAACAAACUGGACUCUUUACCAUCACAGACCUGCAGAUCAGCGACUCAGGAGAUUACAACAUCAACUUUGACAUGGGGCCUGUUUACAGCUUCUCUCUCCGAGUGUUUGCACUCAGCUGUGACCUCUGA